GGGGUGGCGCGGGCCCGCGGGUGGCCCAGACGGGCGGCCCAGACGGGCGGCCGCGGGACAUGACGGCCGGCGGCCAGGCCGAGGGCGCGGGCGCGGACCCCGCUUCCGCGCGGCUGCCUUCCCGGGUGGCCAAGCUACUGUCGGCCCUCUUCUACGGGACCUGCUCCUUCCUCCUCGUGCUGGUCAACAAGGCGCUGCUGACCACCUACCGUUUCCCAUCACCAAUUGUUCUUGGAGUUGGACAGAUGGCAGUUACCAUAAUGAUACUAUACGUGUCCAAGCUAAAUAAAAUAAUUCACUUUCCUGAUUUUGACAAGAAAAUUCCUACAAAGCUGUUUCCUCUGCCGCUCCUCUACGUUGGAAACCACAUAAGUGGAUUAGCAAGCACAAGUAAAUUAAGCUUGCCGAUGUUCACUGUGCUCAGGAAAUUUACCAUUCCACUUACUUUACUGCUGGAAACCAUCAUACUCGGGAAACAAUAUUCCUUGAACAUCAUUGUCAGUGUCUUUGCCAUCAUUCUUGGUGCUUUCAUAGCAGCUGGUUCUGACCUUGCUUUUAACUUGGAAGGCUAUAUUUUCGUAUUCCUGAAUGAUAUCUUCACGGCAGCGAAUGGCGUUUACACCAAACAGAAAAUGGACCCAAAGGAGUUAGGGAAAUAUGGAGUGCUUUACUACAAUGCCUGCUUCAUGAUUAUCCCAACUCUUAUCAUUAGUGUCUCCACUGGAGACCUUCGACAGGCUACUGAGUUCAAUCAAUGGAAGAAUGUUCUGUUUAUCAUACAGUUUCUCCUUUCCUGUUUUUUGGGGUUUCUGUUGAUGUACUCCACAGUUUUGUGCAGCUAUUACAAUUCAGCCCUGACGACGGCGGUGGUUGGAGCCAUCAAGAAUGUAUCCGUGGCCUACAUUGGAAUGUUAAUAGGUGGAGACUACAUUUUCUCUGUGUUAAACUUUGUAGGGUUAAAUAUUUGCAUGGCAGGAGGCUUGAGAUAUUCCUUUUUAACUCUAGGCAGCCAAUUAAAGCCUAAACAACCUGUGGAUGAAGAAGACAUCUCUCAAGAUUUGAAGGUCUAGAACCUGAGGCGGAACUGCAGACUGGCUUCCAGACUGUGGGGAGGGGGAAUAUUCCCAGCUGUUUUGGCUGCGGCACGCACCCCUCUGGUUGAGGCACAACAGGAGUGUCUGCAAAAUGCAAAGCGAAUCUACCUCACGGGCUGCACGAGGAGCCAUCAUCAACCCUGAGAAACGUUCCCCGGGCAAGCCUUACCAGCUGAAAGUGACUCUUUUCACACAACUGGUGAAAGGGAUCGUUUCCAAGGCACUUGCGGGGCCCACACACCUGUGUACUCUUCCAGGUAUCCAAAGUGCUUCAGAGGCGGUCAAAGGCCGAUGCUGUUGAGGGUGCUUAUCAGCACCUUGGCCUUAAUUUCAAAGGGCCCAGGCAAAGCAAAGUGCUAAUGAGAACAUUUUUUUUGGUUUAAGCAGACAUGUCUUCAUUGUAGUAAAAUCAACCACUUAACUGCCAGUAAAGUUGUUAGCUUUGAUUUGAUCUUAUAUGUUGGUAUCUUCACAAUCAUCAAAGUAAAAUAAAAAGUAAUUUAUAUGCA